AUGCCCCGGGACCUGCGCGUCCUCCGGCCGCGACUCCAGGCCCGGCCGUGCGCGGUGGCGAAGCCGCGGCGGGACUUGCAGUUUGAGGAAUCGGCGGGCCCCGGAGACGCCCCCGACCCGGGAAACUUGGACCGAGACCAGGAACGGGUGCGGGACGGGAGCUGGUGCAAACUAGGGCAGUAUGCAGAUGAGGAUGGAUGCAGGGAAACCCCAGAGGCCUCAGAGACCCCCGGGAACGGGGGGUGGGCAGCACCUCCUCCCCGGGGGCCCGCCCGGCUGCUUUGUAAUGGCCUCUCCAUGAACCGCUUCUGUGGACCACUAGCUCCCUAUAGCCUCUGCCGUCGAGCUGACAGACCCUCGGAGAACGUCCGCUACAUGCCGGGGCCUAGGCUAGGCUCCAAGAUCCUCACCAUGGCUAAUCCAGCACCUCCCGUGUACCAGGCUCUGGGCCAAGCAUUGGGCCUGAGGAUGAAGCUGAGCCCGCUACAUUGGCCCCUGUCCUGCCUUUUUGUGCUGCUGCCUUGGCCUCUGGCCUCUCCACUGUCAACGACCCCGUGGCAGUGCCCACCUGGGAAGGAGCCCAACCUGGACCUGGGGCAGGGCACAUUAUGCAGGUCCUGUCCCCCGGGCACUUUCUCUGCUUCGUGGGGCCUGGGCCCGUGCCAGGCCCACUCCCGCUGCAGCCCUCGAGGGAGGCUGGAGGCCCAGGCAGGCACAGCGACUCAAGACACACUGUGUGGAGACUGCCAGCCUGGGUGGGUUGCCACUUCGGGGGUCCCCCAUGUCCCCUGUCAGCCAUGCUCCUGGACACAUCUGGGUACUCGCAGCUGCUCUGAGCGGGGACGGCGGGCCCGACGUGGCGUGGAGGUAGCAGCAGGGGCCACCCACGCUGGGGACACGCGGCAGCCUGGGAACGGCACACGGGCAGGCGGCCCCGAGGAGACGGCGGCCCAGUACGCGGUUAUUGCCAUCGUGCCUGUCUUCUGCCUCAUGGGGCUGCUGGGCAUCCUGGUGUGUAACCUGCUCAAGCGGAAGGGCUACCACUGCACGGCCCACAAGGAGGUUGGGCCCGGCCCCGGAGGUGGAGGCAGCGGGAUCAACCCCGCCUACAGGGCUGAAGAUGCCAACGAGGACACCAUUGGGGUCCUGGUCCGCCUGAUCACAGAGAAGAAAGAGAAUGCGGCGGCCUUGGAGGAGCUGCUCAAGGAGUAUCACAGCAAACAGCUGGUGCAGACCAGCCACAGGCCUGUGCCCAGGCUGCCGCCGGGCCCCCCCAGCACGCCACACAUCUGCCCGCAUCGCCACCACCUCCACACCGUGCAGGGCCUGGCCUCGCUCUCCGGCCCCUGCUGCUCCCGCUGUAGCCAGAAGAAGUGGCCCGAGGUGCUGCUGUCCCCUGAGGCCGCAGCUGCCGCUGCCCCCACUCCCCAACUCCUGCCCAACCCGACCAGGGCUCCCAAGGCGGGGGCCAAGGCAGGACGCCAGGGCGAGAUCACCAUCUUGUCUGUGGGCAGGUUCCGAGUGGCCCGAAUUCCGGAGCAGCGGUCAAGUUCAGCAGCCUCUGAGGUGAAGACUAUCAUGGAGGCUGGGCCCUCGGGGGGUGACCUCCCUGAUUCGCCACAACCUGGCCUCCCCCCCACUGAGCAGCGGGCACUGCUGGCAAGUGGUGGAAGUCAUACUAAGUGGCUGAAGCCCCCAGCAGAGAACAAGUCUGAGGAGAACCGCUACGUGGUCCGGCUAAGUGAGAGCAACCUGGUUAUCUGAUGGUCUGCCUCAGCUGAGGACACUGCGGCCCUGUCCUGGGAGGUUCUGAAGGCUUCCUGGAGGAGGUAGAGCUGCAGCUGGGCCUAUAAGGAUCAAGAAGCAAUGGUC